AUGCUUGAGAGCACUCAUGCUUUCAAUUCGCUCUGUGAUCUGAUAAACUAUUAUAGGAAGAAACCCUGCCUAUUUUUCGGAGCGGAAUUCAUUUUACAACAUCCAAUACCACCACAAUCUUGGGAAUAUCAUCACUCAGAUAUUUGUCCGGGUAAAAUUCUUGGAGAAGGCGCGUAUGGGAUGGUGCGAGCGGGUACUCUUCGACAAAAAAAUGGCAAAGCUGUUAAAGUCGCUAUUAAACAGUCGAAAUGCCAUUCGGAAAUGGGAAAGGCGAAAAUCAAGGAGAUGAUGAAUGAGGCACGUUUGAUGCGACUAUUGAAACACAAGAAUAUCGUUCAUCUAUAUGGAGUGGCAGUUACUGAACAUCCAAUUCUUAUCGUUUUGGAGCUGGUGAACGGCGGAGCUCUGAAUUCGUUCCUUCGAAAGCACGGCGUAAAUUUGAACGUGAAGGAGAAGAUCUCAUUAUGUGUUGGUGCUGGUUCGGGAGUGGAAUAUCUUCAUCAAAAUGAUUGCAUACACAGAGAUCUUGCCGCUAGGAAUUGUCUCAUCACUGAAGACAAAGUGAUCAGUGACUUUGGACUUUCACGUUUGGGAACACAGUACACAUUGAAAGCACCAAUGAAGCUUCCCAUAAGAUGGUUAGCACCGGAAUCACUCGAAACGUUCACCUUCUCACAGAAAUCGGAUGUGUUCAGUUUUGGAGUAUUAGCGUACGAGAUUUUCAGCAACGGAGGUGAACCGUGGGACGGCAUGACUAACGCCGAAGUGAGAGUCGCGGUGGUGAGUGGAAAAUUCUUAGUUUUCCCUAAUACUUGCCCUGAACGACUGCGAAAUUUUUUCGCAUUGCGUGUAUUCGCCAAAGAAUCACCUGAGAGAGCAACAAUGUCUGAGAACUACGACAUUCUGAAAUGUAGGGACCGUAAAUGUUUUAAAGAAGCUCCGUUGCGUAUACUAUAG